CUCUUCUGCUGCCUUGCAUUCCCUCUGGUCCAACGCUAGUUCUCCUUCCUCACGUUUCCGGAGACUAGAUCUCCGAGUCGUGCAUGAACCCAUUGCGGCGGAAGUCUGUACGAAGGCACGCCUGAAGGAUAGACUCUCAAAUCUGCAAGCCUGACUCUGACUAAUCCUUCCCCUGAAGAUGUAAUCUUCGCCGCUUUACCCGCAGAUCUCUCGUAUCUCAGUUUAAAUUCCUAUCCUGCCCCGUUUCUCCUAUCUGAAUGUAUGAUACCCAUCGAAAUACUCUCCUGUGCUGGCCUGCAAAGCAUCCUGCAAUCCCGUUCAUUUGGAAACUUGUGGACGCUGGAGAUAUCAUACAGGCUGGAGUCGUCUGAUGCUAAAGAAGCUCUGCUCCACCUGAUCCCGCGUGUCUCACCUGAGCUACGAUGCCUCGAGCUCAAUCGCUAUAUUGGGAAGGGAAUAGAAGAGGACGUCGAUAUCUCAGUACGUCACCAGCUCUUUUAAGUAUCUGUAACGACAUUUGUGCAAUGACUUGACUACUACAGACUCUUCCUCUUCUCCGAUAUCUCGUCGAGUUGCGUCUGAAUAUCGAAAAAGCCGAUACGGAUCCGCGGAAGCAGCUCGAUACCACAAAUCCAGCUUCUGUUCCUCUGGAUCAGCUGACUAUCAGCAUUCCCUCGCUCCAGCGUACAUUCAGAUUACGUCCAGGCCUCUCACCACCCGACUAGCUAGUUGCCUUGUGGAAAUGGGAUGACUAUCGGAUCUCUCGUUCCUGUGGGUCAGUAAUUUUCGGAUAGUAUGCAUGGUAGGACGGGAAUUGCGAUGCUUCCUCCAUGAGUUGCAGAUAGCAAAAAACUUGCAUGCCGCUAAUAGGAAAACUACUUUAGCAGAUCACAGCAUUUGCGAUCCAAUUUUGGCCUUAUCGAAUGCUUGAAUCGUCGUCGGCGACUGGUAGCACGAACAAUUUAGCGGUCAGAUUUACG